UUUCGAAAUUUUGCAACACUAAUCUCUAAAUGACGCUUGAAUUUUAGCGGAAACUCGAAAAGGAACACAAAAACCGCAGACGCCAGCCAGAAUAAAAAGGUCAAUACAGAGAAAAUCAGGUCAAACUCAAACAACAAAUCGAAGAUGCCGCGCACCAAGAUACCAAAGAACUCGAAGCGCAACCGCGAGGUGGCCAAUCGCGAGGAGAAGGUUCGUUUGUACGAGCUGAAAAUGGACUCCCGCUUAAUCAGCAUCGAUUCGCUGGAGACCAAGUUCCUGGCCGCCGUCGAUCUCCAGGUGAAAACGCUGCUGGGCCAGGUGCAGAAGGAGCUAGCCGACCUGAAGAUGCCCGAGGUUCUGAGGCUCUUCGGGGAGCUGGACCGCUUCAGCGACUUCAAGGCCAGCGACCAGACGCAGCUGCUCGCCUCGAUGUCGAUGAGCAGCAGCGCAGUCGAUGGACACGUUCCCACAACAGCCACCGCCAGCCGCAACGACGAAGGCUACCUUACAGAGGACAGCAGCCUCGGAGCGAGCGGCGGCAGCAUCCUGGCCGCCCACACGGGCUCCCUGUUGCGCUCUGCAAAGGCAAUGCGAACGCCCGGACCACUGCAUUCGGCCAGGGCUCGUAAAGCACGUCGCAGUCGAUCCGCCUGCGGGGAUCUGAAUGUCCUGCACUCGGCCAAGCCGCCAUCAAUUUUGAGCAGCAGUGGGACAAGCAACAGUCGCAAUUCGCGCAGCAAGAUGCGCACACCGAUGGCCUCGCGCGCCAAGGCCUUCAGUGCCGAUCGCACACCGCUGGCCCAGAAGCAAAUGCGCUCCGGAUCGCCAUCCUCGCCGCCAAUGGCAUUCCUGCGGUAUCCCAAGCCCGGUGAAGUGGCCCUCUCCAAAUUCGGCAGUCCCAUGGUGGCCCAAGCAAUGCCCGACAAGUUCGCCAAUGUGAACAUACCCAUCCGAAAUGGAGUGCUUAGCUUGCGGCCCAAGAAACUGGAUGCUGGCGAGGUCGAGUCGAAUCUGCUGGAGAACCUGGACGAGGACACCCUGAACCAGAUCAAAACGCUGCACGAGAACUUGCAGAUGAUCGUGAACAAGGCCAGCCAGGCGGGAUUUAAAUAGUUGCCAAUUCAAACGCUUACGUAGAUAUAGUCCUAUAUCGUAUAUUUUAGUACGUUUUGUUUAAGUUCAGUUUUCAUUUUACUCAACUAGUUCAAGUAUUUUUUCUCCAUUAUAAAAAUCUGUAUCGUAUUUACAUAAGUCUCCAUACAUGUUCAUGUUUCGUGUUCAUCCAAGUCUUCAUGGAUACGAAAGUAAUUUUUAAAUACAACGUUGAAAGAAAAAAGAGGUCGCUCUAUGAUUGUAACACGUCUUCAAAUAAAACGCUAUGGAGAAUGCCAA